GGGACAGAAGACCUGGCGAUCAGUUUGGAGGCCGCAAAGACAGCUGGGUACAUCUCUGGAGCUCAAAGUACUUAAAGGGCUCUCGUAGCUAUGCCCUCUUGUCUAUCAGCACUUCUUUCUUGUUCAUCUCCAUCUCUUUACUGUUCUCAAUAUACCCACCAUGACCACUCCCAACUUCCCGACGGACCAGUUCUGCCGCUCCAUGGUGCGAUUCCUCGAUGCUCUCGAGUACGAGGACGACAACCUGACCCAUGCUGAGCGUGUUGAGGGACUUCGAUACGUGCACUCCAGAACGGUGGCAUACUUCAACCAGCCACUGCCGCGGGAGACUCUGAAGGGUGUCAAUCCCGCCAGGAUUACCGCGGUAUCACGAACGAUCCCACAUUUCGUCGUGUACUGCUGGUCCAAAGUCCCCAAGGAUGUCCAGGUCGACAUCAGCAUCUUCCUGGCCAUCAUCAACGUCCUCGACGAUGAGAUCAACACUGAUCCCAACACGGUGAUGAGCUCCUUCUGGGGCGACUUGUUUCAGGGCAAACAACAGAAGCAUCCUUUCUGGGUCCUGAUGAGCGAGCACCUGCCCCGCUUGCUCAGCCACUACGGCUCCUUCUGCUCCUUCAACAUCAUGCGCUGCACCUUCGACUACUUCGAGGGCUGCUGGAUCGAGCAGCACAACUUCCAGGGCUACCCUGGCUCCGACAACUACCCUCUCUUCCUACGCCGCCUGAACUGCCUGGGUGGCGCAGUCGCCGGCACCAUUUUCCCGGCCGCGGAGUUCGACGACCAGCACCUCUUCAAGGAGCUUGCGUGCAUCAUGGCUCAGAUCGACGGCCCGGUCGCCUUCGUCAACGACCUCUUUUCUUUCUACAAGGAAUUCGAUCUCGACGAGGCCAACCUUGUCUCGAACUGGUGCACCGUCGACGGCAUAAGCAUAGAGCACGCCUUGGACCGCCUGACUGAUGACACCAUCCAGGCUUGCGUCCGCAUCUUGGACAUCUUCAAGGAGAAGGACCCGAAGGUUCUGGCUACCGUUCGUGCUUUCAUCCAUGGCUACGUUACAUGGCAUUUCUGCGAGCUGAGGUACCGUCUGCGCGAGAUCUACGACAACGCUGGCAAUGGCCCUGUGGGGGCGAAGUUCCGCCAGUAUUUCGAAAAGGCUUUGGAUGUGGGUUGGGUGAACUUGAAUGAAUGGGUUUUGCCGCCGAAGGGCCACAAAUUGAACGGAUCGGAUGGGACCCAACUCCAUGGCUCCAUGAUCCAGGCCACCAGCUCUAAGCUGAACGCGUUCAAAAUGGGUUUUCAGGUUACCGAACUUCAAGUGAAUGGAUACUAA